CAUACGUUUCCGAGAAUUAAGCUUUCGUCUUUCUCGAGACGUGAGCUUGGGGCAAGCGCAACAACAACCUCAAGAAACCUCAACCCAGCACCCCAGAAGGGAAGUUUAAGUUGUUUAUCAGUGGAGUGUAGUCACACCUUGACGAUUCGACUUGGAAAUGGAUAACAACCCGCAGGCCGUAGUGGCUGUUAAGGAAGAGCACGUCAUUAUCGAUGGAGUUCGAUUGAAAAAGACGACAGCAGUUGUUGCAACAGAACAAGGCAUCUUGGCCAGGGAAGUGAUAGAGGCAAGUGAAGUCAAUUUGCCCGGAAGGAGACUUCCCGCACUACCUCCCCCACAGGUCGUUGUGAUAGAUUCUCCACCACCAUCAAAUGACGGCUGUUGUGACUUUUGUUUCAAGUGUGAGAGCGGCUACAACUGGUACGACUUGCAAGGAAAAGGUGUCUUCAUUGUCCUGUUGCUGCUUGUGGGUUAUUUGAUCUUUGGCGUUAUCGCUUUGGCAUGUUUAUCGCUGUAUUGUCUUUGCGAGUGCAUCUGCUCAGCUAGAGAUAACUGAGAAAUGGAUUACAUCAUUGGUUUAUCUACGGAGAUGAAUUUAAAUUGAAUCAAUAUUUAAUUAUCUAUAGCGUUUUCACUAAAUGCUUUAAAAAAUAACUUAAAUAGUUUGGGUUUUCAUUUCUUCGAAUUUGGCACUCUUGAGCAGAUUUACUUCGGGUCAGUCAGAUUAAGGUGGUGAUCAAGUGCUAAACUGUUCCAUGCUUCAUCAAAAAAUUACCUCAGUUUCUUACUCAACCUCCAACAAAGCUGUUUUCAUAUUCAGUACAAAGCUAAGAAAUGAACUUAACUCGUACAGCAUUAUACAUGGUUGUUAGAACAGCAAUGUUAUUACAUAGUUUAGUAUAUGAGACAAUGUU